ACUUUAUUCUCUUUCAGGAGCAAUAUGUGUUUUUACACCAAUCUGUGAUGGUAGCUCUGGUCUGUGGGAAUACUGAGGUUUCCUCUCACGACUUACUGAUAAGAAUGAACAAACUCGCCAGAGUUAAUAAAACUUCUAAGCAAACAGGAUACGCUGAAGAACUAAAGGUAUCAGUAGCUUAAAGUUGAGAUAAUUAUCAUUAUCAUUAUCAUUAUUAUUAUCAUUAUCAUCUUCUUCAUUACACUCAGCUGGAUGGUUUGCUGGAGUAUACCUGUGCAAACAUCAAGCCACCGCCUGUGGCCUCAGGUAUCUAAGACUUUGCUGAUGAUCGUGGCUGUUCCCAGUAAUUGAGCACCCUCUCUGUCCACUUACCACUGUCCUAUAUCUUGUCUCCUCCUCCUCCUCCUUCUCCUCCUCCUCCUCCUCCUCCUCAUCCCUCAGAGCAAACGAGGGACUACUCGUAGUCUACGCGAAAACGUGUCCCCGGUAGAAAGGUCACUCUCCUACCCGAUCCACCCUGGGUGGGCCAACUUUUCCCACAUUUCAUUACAAAACUUGUUGAACCUGUUUACAUGAGAAACAAAGUGUUUGCUCGGCUAAAAGGGGGACCCGCCUGGCUGGGUCACUCUUUUAUGGUGGUAGAGUCAUCCUUCUUACCAGGCCAUUUCUUUUCCUUAUAAACACUUUGGCUCAUCCAACCGGGUCAACCCGAUCAAGGCGAGAAAAUCAGAGCGUGCGCAAGCUCUGUUGCCAGCUUUUGGUUCGGGCAAAGGAGUCAAUUUUAUUCUCAUAUAAAAAAACCGCUCAAGUUGACUCGGCCGGGAGGGUGCCCAGUACCUUCUUUCAUGGGAAAACUUUUCUCUACCUAAACAGGUCCUUAUGAUGCCUACAUAUUUAAUACAAUGUGUGAUCAAACAAAAAUGGGGAAAAAAAUUCCGAUAAGCUGGGUGGCACUUCAGAACUAAGUGAGGGAAUGUUUAAAGGGAACCUCCACUCUUACCACAGAAUAAGUUUAAAUCGAAUAAAAUUAUGUUGAUAAACAAAUUUGUUCGAAAUUUGUCCUUAAAAAAAGUGUUUAUAUCAGGAAAAGUGAAUUUUAAAAUCGCUUAUUUUCACUUUCAAAUUUCGCAGGCACCGCCAUCUUGAAUAAUUGUGACGUGUUACGGUUGCUCUAUUGUUCUGACACAAAGAGCUUUUGUUUAAUAACAAUAGGGCAACCGUAACACUUCACAAUUAUUCAAGGUGGCGACGCCCGCAAAAUUUAAAAACAAAAAUAGGCGAAUCUAAAAGUUAUUUCUUUCGGAUACAAACGCUUUCUUUAAAAAUAUUUUAGAUUGACUUGACUGUAACAGUUAUUUCCUGUGAUUUAAAGUUAUCUUUUUGUUGAAGUGGAAGUUCCCUUUAACAAAAAAUACUGAACAAUAGUACCGUCUUGUGGUGUAAGUUCCUCUCCAAACGUUUCGGGCUUGGUCCUUCAUCAGUGGAGUUACAAGUACGUUGGAAAAACGCAUCGGAAGCGCCUGAAGAUGCGCCUUAUUUUUCAGCUUGGCACCAGUCAUCCACGCGGCUUUAACUCCGACUUCCAUAUCCUCUAGGCCACGGGCAGAGCCGCUCGCGCACUACAAUUUUUUUUUUGGUGUUUAUUUUUUCUUCCAUGGCGUAUGCAAAACCAUGCAAAGUUUGCAAAGUACUUGCAACUCCACUGAUGAAGAAUCAGGCCCGAAACGUUUGGAGAGGAACUUAAACUACAAGACGGCACUUUUGUUUAAAAGUACCUACGCCUUUUAGUGUCUGCAGAUAAUCGGUGAUUUUGAAGGAUCUGAAGAAGAGUCAACGGUGGCGCUUCAACCGGCCAACAUCAAGAAGAACAGGUUUCCGGAUAUCCUUCCAUGUGAGCCUAUUUCAACUGUUCGUUUCCAAUACUCAUUAUAAGGCAUGAUUCUUGUCAUAUAUUUAAUAGUUACAAUGAGUAGUUAAAUUGGGGCUAUGUUGGCCAUUUUUUUCCCUCCGUAGUGGAUAAUGGUCGACUGAUUUUAAACUCUUCUGAACCGGAUAAAGAUUACAUCAACGCUUCAUUUGUUGACGUAAGUACAUAAUCAUUGCAUUUUGGUGGGAUAGUCUUUAACACCCAACAAAUGACUCAAUUUUUCUAGCUGCCAUUGCGUUACUUACGAAGAAUAUCGUCGUUGUAAAAUACAGUAGCAGUGAAUCAAUGAUCUCUGUAGACUGAAUUUCCAACAAUUCUCCGAGCAUUGUUGAAUGAAUUUCUAUUUUCAAAAUAAUUAUAACCAUCCGUCCUGAAAUUCUUAUUAUUCUUUGAAAUUAACAAAUAUUCCCAGCAGUUUAAUUCAUUAUUGCUUUCGAGUAUGCAAUAAAUUCUAAGAUUGAGUAAGUGUGUCAUCAUUCAUCAUACUUUUCAUCGCGCGGGGAAGGAAGAGGGAGGGGGAGUGAAGGGGAGGGGGGGAACAAGACAGGUUUUGGUCCAGGCUGUUGAGGGAAGGGGGUAGGGUGAUUUACCCAUCCCCUCCCUUUAACUGAUGCAGACAGAAUCCUUAGCAGUUACCCAAAAACCCAGUAACGCUGAAGAACGCUUGAAAUCACCAAGCACCGUCCUCUCCAAAGACUUGCCUGCCAUUUACGCUUUGAACUUCCCAAUCUUUCAAUCUUUCUUUUGUGCGAUAGGACUAUAUCCGACGUGACACGUACAUUCUGACUCAAGCUCCAUUAGACAACACCAUUAAUGACUUUUGGCGCAUGGUAUCACAGUAUGAUAUUGGGACGGUGGUGAUGCUCAACAGCCUGGAAGAAGGAAAAGAGGUCAGUCUGUGAAUAUAUCUUCUCUCAGCUUUGACUUGAAUUCGAAAAAAAUAUCCGCAGGUUGGUGUAUAGCAUUUUUUUUUCUGAGGAGAUCAUUUUACCAGUAAUCACUAUGUGGCAAUGCUACCCUUUUCGCAAUCAGUAUCACCACUAGUACGUGUAGUUUGCAUGGUCAGAAUUAAACCUGUUUAUCUCAGUAUAGCGAAAAGCUCGUCAGAGUAAUGCUUCCAUCAGCAGCUUCUCGAGUCGUUCAUCGGAGGAUAGAUCAGCUCGAGAGUUUCUAACCUGUCGGUAACAAGGGGCAGGAAAAGGCCAUGCGAGGCUGCGUUCGAUAUCUUGAAGAAGUUCCUUCACAUCGCCAGCCUGCCUGCAAAUAAACAGCAGCGAAAAACAACCAAACAAAAACGAUAACAAAGACGGCGACGACGACGAUUAGUAAUGAUUUCAGAUUCAAGUUUGGUCGAAUUUUACAUUUACAUGUAUGUCCUUUGUCGUGAAUUUUAUGAACUACUUUUAGGUCUACCCACAAUACUGGCCUUCUAAAGGAAGUUCUAGGUAUGGGAACAUCACUUUAGAGAUGCUUUCAGAAUCCACAGCGAACGGAAUCACGACCAGGAAGAUCAGUAUAGCAAAUACCGAGGUAUUUCUAUCUACCUUUCUAACUUAUUCAUAGAAUGGAUCUGUCACUGUUGUCUAGUUCAUUUUGUUUAGAAUGCCUGUCACGCAUUCUUAUUCGUUUUGAAACUUACCAUGAAUGACAUUAGUUUAGGUUUCUGGGAAACUGCCCACCUACCCCUCCCUUAAGCCAACAUUUUGCCCUACGUGAGAAGUAAGUGUUAACGUUGGAAUAGGGGAAGGGUAGGUGUGCAGUUUCCCAGAAACCUAAAUUGAUCUGUCAAACAAAGUAGGUCUUCCAAGCAUUAAUUAAGCAGUUGUUAGAAACAACAAGAACAGAACUUAAGCCAACAAGUUUUCAAAAACUACAAUUACUAUUCGUUUCAAUCUUCUUUGAGUUUUUCCGUCUGUGUUUCCUUUUGUAUUUGUUUUGUCAUUUAUACCCUCUUUUAACAUUUUGAACGGUUAUUUUAAUGUUUCACUCAAAUUGGCAGCGGUUCCCACAGUUUGAAUUUUGAUAAAUUUCGUGACACAGCUCCUUUGAGUCCGUAAUUAAGUGUUUUAGCAGUAUAAACAAGUAUUGCUGGUUUAAACGUGACGUCACGGCGGCCAUGUUGGUGGUCAAGAACAAAAGCAUUUCUCUCCUCUGGGAACGAAACUCUAUUUUCAUGUAAAUUCUUCGAGGAAAUAUUCUUUUGUUUUGACCCCCAACAUGGCCGCCUUGUCACGUGGUUGCAAACCAAGAAUACGUCACUUCUGUGUAAAUACGCUGACCCGCCCAAAUCUUAGAAAGCUAUAUACCUGAAGCACCUUUAUUUCUUUUAGUCUCUCAUCUGCACGUUAUCUGUUUUCAUUAUCUGCACAUCACUAGUCAGUUGUUACUAUACAGGAUCAAUAGAAGGCAACAUUCUAGGUGAUUUCGAUGUUAUGAUAAUGUUGCUUAGUUGCACUGGGAGUAUCAUUAUAUACCUAAUUCAAUAAAGGUUGCUUUGGUAAUUGGUCAUUGGUGAUUAGGCAUGGGGUAUUGGAUAUAGAGCGUUUUCACUCACGUGACCAGCAUUUAUGCAAUUUUAUUGGAAUAAAAGAAAGCGUUUACAUAAGAAAAGAGUUCAAUUCCCACAGGACUGGUUUGGAACAACAUCAUGGCCGCCGUGACGUCAUGUGAAAACGCUGUAUACCCAUAUCAUUGCAAUGAUUGGUUUGAGUAACCGCUCCUGGUAACCGCCAAACAAUAGCUUCCCGGGGAGCAAUUGCCCAAUGCCCAAAGCAGCCUUACUGAAUCAGGUAUAUAUCUCAGCGAAAACUUUUCACUUGACGGUUUUUUUAGCCUCCCAAGAAAAACUCGACGGUUCAGCACCUACAGUUCACUGCCUGGUCAGACCCAAACUCCUGCCCAGAUCCCCAGGAAAUACUUCGUUUAUUGACCGCCGUGCAGAAGUCUCAGCAACAAACAGGAAAUGGAACAAUUGUUUUUCAGUGCAGGUACGAGGGUCAACACUUAUUUGAAUGAGGCAUGGGCAUAUAAAUAAGUAAAUAAAUAAGCUGUUUAUUAAUUUCAAAAAAACGUUCAAGAUAGCCUCAGCCACGGAUUGCUCGACACCUUUUUGGCAACUGUUGCUAUUUGGAGCAACUUUCUGGCAACUUUUGCCAUUUGGGGCAGAAGAUCUUGAUCCGAGAGGGCAGUAGUUUUAAAUUGCAUUAUUGUACUUCACUGACGGCACUUGGCAAAAUGUGGCUGUCAUUUUGAUUUUAAGGAACAACUUUUGACCAAUUUUUUAGGAAAGUCGGGCAACUUUUAAAGAAUUUUGGGGCAACGUUUAAGAACAUUUGGAGCAACUUGAGGCUGAGGGUAGUUCCAGAUUACAAUUGACAAUUAGACAAAAUUGACACCUGUUAAUAAAACACCGUUUAAAACGGUACACAGGAACGACCAUGACUGCUUACCAAUCUUGUUUCACUGGGUGGGAGGAGAUCUGCCAAAGGGCAGUCAGUAGAAUUUGUAACGCUCCUCCAUAACUAUUAUCUGAGGAGUCUAGAAGGCUUAAAAUGGGCGUGGCCUCCUUGAGAAAGCCAGGACGAACUGCUCUCUCCUGAAACAUCAAUUUAGGAAAGACACUUACUAUAACUUACUUCGUCCUAACUUUCUCCCUCUUUUCUACCUUCACUUUUAGAAUGGUUUGACCAAAAACAUGUUUCAUAAGAUAAAUUGAAAACAGUUUAUUUUUCUCAAAGAAUUGUAAUAAACUUGAGUAGCGGAAUAUCGUUUGGUUGAGUGGAUUUGGAAGGAUCCUAUAAGUUAGUACCUCAGUCUAAAACAGGCUUAUGAUCAGAGGAUAACUUUGCAAGGGUUUGUAGUGGAUACAUUCCUAGGACAGCUUGCGAGGCAACUGGUGCAUGCUCCAAACUUGCUGAUUUGAAGUUCUUAGCACGGACAGUUGUUGCACUGGGUCAAGAAAACCUACCGUUUUUAGUAAAAUGAGCUCUUUGUUUGCCCAGUCCCAAUACUUUUCUUGGGACCUGACAUGGCGUAUUUGUAUCACCCGACUUACCACCUGGAAAGAUCCUAUUGCUUCCAUAUUUGGACUAAACAAAUCCUUUUUCUAUUUUUUUUUUCUACAGCGACGGUGUUGGACGCAGUGGAGUCGCAGCAACCGUAAUGUCCGCGAUUGAAAAACUCAAAAACGAACAAACUGUGGAUGUGUUACAGACGGUCAAUCUGAUUCGCGUAAAAAGACCCUUUGCUGUUUCAAAUGUGGUAAGAUAAACUGCUUAAAAGUACGAUCUUCGAGCCCUCUAGACUUCUUUCUGUAGUUUUGUGUUGUUGUUGUUUUUUUGGGGGGGGAGGGGGGCGGGGGUCUGUUUAACCUUUUCCAGGCGUUCAGAUAGUAGAGCGCGGGCGAAAAAUUAAAAAAAGAGGGAAGACAAGUCUCCCCUCCUUUUUUUCCCGUCGUUUUCCCAGCGUACGAUUUAACUCUCUCUCCACCAUCUGAACGCCGCGCUUUAUUAUCGGAGCGCCUGGAACAUAAAAUAAACUGUACAGGGAAAAGGGAAUGCAUAUAUGAGGAAAUAUGCGCAUCGAGAAAGACUGUGACAGCAUGCUUUAUUUCAUAGUGUUAACAUUAUUUAUAAUCGAUAUUGUUUAUCACUUUUAGGAGCAAUACAUGUUGUGUUACAAGACAGUCCACGCAUAUUUGGAUUCCUUUGGCGAAUAUGCGAACUUCUCAAAGCGAUAG